AUGAUGCAUAUCCAAAAUUUUCAAGAUGAACUCAUGAUCCUUCAAAAGAGAAGAGCUGAACUGGAAUCCCAACUGAAAACUGAAAAUUAUGAGAGUCUAGAAAGUGAGAUUACAAAACUUGAAACUGCAUUACAGGCUAUACAAGAUGAUGAUUGUAUAGACCUUCAAGAACGGAUGAAGAUUUUACAAACCAAAUUGAUACAGAAGAAUGAACAAAUUGAAGAAAAGAAUCACCAGGACACCAUUUUUCGUUCAGCUAUAGAGACAAAAAAACAAGGAAUUGCAAGAAGCUCGUUGGGAACUUAUUGA